AUGGCCACAAUUCCAAACACAAGCAACUCGUUCGAAGACAACCACGCAAUAUUUGGUGAAUGUUUAAAACUCCCUUACUACCGUGGAAAAGUUGAAAAGUGGAUGGUAGCAACAAAUAUAUUUUUAAUUCUGGUAAACAUAAUCUCAUGUGUUAUAACUCUGGCUGCGAACACCUUAUUCCUUGUCGUCUAUUUCAGAACGCGUUCCUUACGAAAUACGCAUUAUUUUUAUCUUAUGCUGUUAGCGGUCACUGAUAUCAGCGUGGGGUUGAUCUCGCAACCGCUAUUGAUCGCGAGAAUAUUCAUGGAAAUCUACAGUGUUCACGAUUGCGUAUUAUGGACUGUAAUGCGAGCGAGCGGGUACUACUUCUCAGGGAUAUCGUUGCUCACCAUUACCUUGGUCAGUAUCGAACGAUGGUUCGCUGUCUGUCGACCAAUCAAACACCGCCGUGACGUCACGCCGAAGCGGAUGGCUGUGGUGGCAUUCAUAGUCUGGGCAGUAUGGUUUAUAUUUCCCGUCGUGCGUUUCGCUUUGCCGAAAUUCUAUCGUGCUUUCGGAAUGCUGAUUGGCGGACUUAUUGUGGUAAUUUUUGUAAUCAAUGCCAUACUCUACCUGAAAAUUCAACGUAGCGUGCGGGAUGGAAAACUUAGAUUUUCUGGCAAAGAACAACAGAGGAAUACCAAUGGGGACGUUAACUUCGAAAAAGAAGGACGAAUGGCUAGAACGAUUGCUUUGCUUCUAGUUGUGAUGGUGUUAGCCUCCUUACCCACUGCUAUGGGUACAACCUAUAAAUCACUCCGUGGGGUUAAUACUGUAUAUCUGUUUGUAUUUCUACCACUAGGAGAUACAUUGUUUCUUAUAAAUUCAUCAUUUAAUCCUCUGUUUUAUUGUUAUAGAAAUGCCAAUAUACGUAUGGCUAUUACAAAAUUUAUGUCCUCACUAAAUGCUAGCUCAGUGAAUUGCGAUUCGUCGUCCAAUAAUCAGGCAACGUCAAAAAUGUGA